UCUGUCUUGGCCGUCUAUACCCUGGAGUUUUGUGCGAACCAUUACUAUUACCUGUGUUUUGUUGCAUCCAGUUCCAUUCAUACUACCGGAGCCUCACGGCAGCAAUUCCUUUCUACAUACCAACAACACCUUAUUCUCACAAAGACGCGUGGCAACAUACACGACACAUCCCCUACCUAUACCAGAAGCCCUACAAGGUCCUCGACACUGUAGUAUUGCUACAAAGUAGAUAUCUCUACCAGUAUUUCUUUUCCCCAUCGUAUUAUCCAGUAGCCUUGCACCAUGAAGGCCUCACCCCUGGCCGUUGCAGGCGUCGUCCUAGCCUCAGCAGCACAGGCCCAGGUCGUCCAGUUCGACAUUGAGAAGCGUCAUGCGCCAAGUCUGCGCCGCCGAGACGCUACCAUCGACGCUACUCUAUCCAACGAAAAGGUCCAGGGCGGAUACUUUAUCAACGUCCAGGUUGGCACUCCUGGCCAGAACAUCACACUGCAGCUCGACACAGGGAGCAGCGAUGUCUGGGUCCCUGCUUCAACGGCAGCCAUCUGCACCGAGGUAUCACAACAAAACCCUGGCUGCACUUUUGGAAGCUUCAACCCUGAUGAUUCAUCCACCUUCCAAGUUGUCGGACAGAACCUGUUCGACAUCACAUAUGUCGAUGGCUCCUCUUCCAAGGGCGACUACAUCCAAGACAACUUUCAGAUCAACGGACUAACCGUCAAGAACCUCACCAUGGGUCUUGGCUUGGACACGUCCAUCUCCAAUGGCUUAGUAGGAGUGGGUUACAUCAACGACGAAGCCUCCCUUGGCACAACCCGAUCCACCUAUCCGAACCUUCCCGUCGUCCUGCAACAGGAGAAGCUCAUCAACACCGUAGCCUUUAGUCUGUGGCUCAACGACCUUGAUGCUAGCACGGGCUCCAUCUUAUUCGGCGGCAUCGACACCGAGAAGUAUCAGGGCGAACUGACCAGGAUCAACAUCAUUUCCCCCGACGGCGGCAAGACCUUUACUGAGUUUGCUGUUAACCUGUACUCGGUCCAAGCGUCAAGCCAGAGCGGAACCGACACCCUCAGCACAAGUGAGAAUACGCUGGUUGCUGUUCUGGAUUCGGGAACCACCCUGACCUACCUGCCACAAGACAUGGCUGAGGAGGCGUGGAACGAAGUGGGAGCCACCUUCAGCAGCGAGCUCGGCUUGGCCGUCGUUCCUUGCUCUGUCGGGAACAAAAACGGCCACUUCUCCUUCAAGUUUGCCGGCGCGGAUGGCCCUACAGUCAACGUCACCUUGUCUGAGCUCGUCUUGGACCUCUUCAGCGGCGGCCCCCCGCCCCAGUUCUCGUCUGGUCCCAACAAGGGCCAGUCGAUCUGCGAAUUCGGCAUCCAGAACACCACCGAUGCUCCUUACCUGCUUGGCGACACGUUCCUCCGAUCAGCAUUUGUCACCUACGACCUGGUCAACAACCAGAUUGGAAUUGCUCCGACCAACUUCAACUCCACUCAGACCAACAUUGUUGCCUUCGCCAGCAGUGGCGCCCCUAUCCCGUCUUCCACCGCCGCGCCGAACCAGAGCAACACUGGCCACUCCUCAUCGACACAAUCUGGUCUGUCUGCUGCUAGUGGCUUCCAGGAUGGCGGCAACGACAACGCCGCCCCCUUGACAAGCGCCUUUUCCGGCCCUGGAAUGUUUGUUGUCGGCAUGACCAUUUGCUACACUCUUCUCGGAAGCGCCGUGUUCAGCUUUAGGUGGCUGUAAAUUUACAUGUACACAUCCGUCCAAAAUCGGCAAUCCACUACCCGUGGAUGUUUACGAACUGUUGAAUUUGAAUGAUAUUGGGGCGUCAUGGUAUAAUAUGGGAUCCUGUUUCUUUUUUCUGUUCCCUUUUUUUCUUUUCUUUUUUGCAUACAAGCAAGCAUUCCUACUGGAGUUGAGGCUGGCUUCCGAGACAUUCGCUAUAAAAGAAGCGUUCAGAUACCUAGGCUACAUAAGCACAAAUAGACAUGCAACUGGGAUUAUAAAUAGUAAAAAAAACUUCAUUAUAUGC